AUGGGAGAAGAAGAAGUAAUUCAAGCUAUUGCGGAAGGAAUAUUAUUUGGCACUCAUCAACCAAUAAAACUACACGCUAAAGAGUUUGCUGAAGCAGUUAAAGACAAAUUUAGUAAAGUAAAAGAUAUUGAAGUAGAAAUCUUGGAGAAAAAGCAAAUCGAAAAAAACAAGAUGGGUCUAUUAUUAGCCGUUAAUGCUGGCAGUCAUCAUGAGCCGCGAGUAGUUAUUUUGCGUUAUUUUGGUGAUAAGAAAAACAAAAAAGAUAUCCUAGGAUUAGUGGGAAAAGGUAUCACUUUUGAUAGUGGUGGCUACAAUUUAAAAUCCUCACAGUAUUUAGAAUGUAUGAAAUUUGACAUGUCAGGAGCUGCGGCAGUCUGCGCUUCUUUUCUCACCUUAAUUAAGAAAAAACCAAAAAUAAACGUGGUAGCGGUUGCCUGCUUGACUGAAAAUGCCAUUGGCGGUCACGCUACUCUUACCGAGUCGGUAAUAGAAUCUAUGAGUGGUAAAACAGUGGAAAUUAAUAAUACCGAUGCCGAAGGUCGUUUGGUCUUGGCUGACGGAAUCACUUACGCGAUUCAAAAGGAAAAAGUCAAUAAAAUUGUUACCGCCGCUACCUUAACUGGUGCAGUAGUAGCAGCCUUAGGGGAGAAUUUGACUGCCUUAAAGGAAAAUACUUCAAUAGCAGAUAUUAGCAACAUAAGCAGUAGUCGCUAUAUGGGUGCUUCUAACGGAGCCGCCUUUUUACAAGAAUUUGUCGAAAAAUUACCAUUUAUUCAUUGCGAUAUUGCCGGAACAGCCUGA